AUGGGCGUUCUUAGGCCCGAUUCUUCGGGCACCAGAGCCUCCCUCCUCGCCACAGCCGUGGCCUUUGCAACAGAGCAUUGGCUCCCUCUCCUGAUAGCCACUAUCGUCAUCAGAGCCCUCUACAAACGCUAUGCUUCACCCCUCCGCAAGUACCCUGGCCCCUUUCUGGCCUCAGUCUCCCGUCUCUGGAAGGUCAAGUCAACCGCCUCGGGACGCACGCACCUGGAACACAUCGCGCUGCAUCGGAAGUACGGCCCUAUAGUACGGAUUGCACCCAACGAGGUAUCCGUCUCAUCACCCGAGGCGGCGCGCACGCUGCUGAGCGCCGGCAAGCGCUUCUUCAAGACGCCCUUCUACGGCGUGUUCCCGCCGCCUGAAAACCCGGACAUCUUCACCGAGACACGCGAGGACGUGCACGCCAUCAAGAAGCGCGUCGCCAACGUCCCCUACAGCAUGACGGCCAUGCAGCAGCUCAGUCCCUUCAUCAACGACUCCAUCGAGCUACUGGUGAAGAAAAUUGGGGAGCACAUCGACGGGAACAAGGGGGUUUUUGAUUUGGGCGACUGGCUGCAUUACUUUGCCUUUGACGUGCUGGGCGAAGUCGCGUUUAGCCGGAGCUUCGGCUUCCUGGAGCAGGGCAGGGACGUGGACAAUGCCAUCAAGACGAUCGACAAGUCGCAGAUGUACAACGGUAUCGUCGGCCAGGUGCCCGAGCUCGAUCUGCUCCUGCGCAGGAACCCGCUGUGGCAGUACAUCCCGUGGUUGAGCACGAAGAAUGCGCUGAUCACAAGGAUGGCUCUCGAGGAGAUGGCGAGGCGGCAGCCGUUUGAUAAGGACAGCGCCGGAUUGCUGAGGACGGGCGAUGGCAGGCAGGAUCUCAUGGCCAGUUUGAUCCAGGGACAUCUGAAGGAUCCCGAGAAGUUCCGAGAGGGGGAUGUGUUUGCCGUUGCGCACGGUGCGAUCUUCGCCGGCUCUGACUCGACCGCAUCGACGAUGCAGUCCUUUUUCUGGCACAUCCUCGACUCGACUCCCGUGUACCAGUCCAUCUUGCGCGAGAUUGAACAUGCCGUCAAGACAGGCGUCAUCCCAGCCCAGGGCAACCUCACGUGGAACGAGGCGCAGAAUCUGACCUACCUCCAGGCUUGCCUGAAGGAGGCCAUGCGAGUGCGUCCGGCUGUCGGGCUCAACAUCACCCGUCUUGUUCCCCCCGAAGGUGCCGAACUGGACGGACAUUUCUUCCCCGGCGGCACUGCCAUCGCCUGCAACGGGUGGGUGCUGCAUCGGGAUAAAGAGGUCUUCGGACAGGACGCGGACGAUUUCAGGCCCGAGCGAUGGCUUGAGGACGAGGAGAGGGCGAAACGGAUGGAGAGGUACAUGUUCCAGUUCGGAGGUGGAAGCCACCUGUGCAUCGGCCGGAACCUGGCCCUGCUUGAAAUCAACAAGGUUGUGCCGAGGCUACUGCGCGACUAUCGGUUUGAGCUGGCACACCCGGGCCGGCCGCUCAAGGCGAACGCGUCCUUCUUCGUGGUGCAGUCCGGAUUGGAGGUGCAUAUCAGAAGAGCAUAG